CGUGGAAAAAUAACAAUCAGUGCAUUAGUAGAAAAGAAGCAAGGGAAAGGAAAGUUGUUGUUUGAAAAUCUAACGUAUGCGCUGCAUCCGGAAUUCGUCAAGUAGAAGUGAUAUUCUUUUGAUAGCCAUUGACUGCUGCACAUGACGAAAUUUUAAUGCUCAUUCAAUUAAGUAGUUUUAUCAGCAAGGACGCCCUGUGAUUUAUGUGGUGUCUGUGUAUUCAGAGAUAGAGAAGCACAGGAAAUGGAGACAAACAUUUCAUUGUCUCAUCUGAAAGAGCCUGAAUUCUUUCCAGAAUGCUGGAAGACGAUGAUGUCAGGAGUUGUAGUUUUUGUUGAUGUCAGAACAGGUUCAGACAAUCGAUCAAAAAGUGUUGCUAAAGAAAUGGAAAGGCUGGGUGCUACAGUUGUACUACACUUUUCAAAGAAAGUUACUCACAUGAUAUUUAAAGAUGGCUCAAAACCAAUCUAUGAUAAAGCAAGAACUCUAGGAAUCCCCAUUGUGUCUUAUUUAUGGGUUGUUGCGUGUAAAGAUAAAGGUGAAAUGGUUCCAACUCAAGACUAUGCAGCAAUAAAUUCCCAGGAUUAUGACUCAGAAUUCUUCAAAUGGAGGAAAGUAAAAUCAAUGCAACCUAAAGAUCUCGAAGAAGAACUACAAAUGGCAGAAAAGAGAAUCGACAGGCGAAACAAACAAAAAAUGAGACAAAGUUUGGCUAUUUCUGGUUCAAAAAAGGAGGAACCUUAUUUUCCUUAUACACCCAUCACUGAAAAAAAAUCUAUAAUUGAUAGAUUGAUAGAGAGUUCUCCUGCCUGUCAAGAAAGAAUUCAUCAAGAUCUGGCCUCUGGAAAAUCCUAUGAAGAUGUUUUUAAACUGAAUGAGAAAGAAGAAGAUGAUUUCGACACCUUUUUUGACACUCCAUUAAUGCUGAAAUUUAUUAGCAAGAAUUAUUUUUCUCCUUCGGAUCCAACGCCUUCUUCCGUCAGCAAAAUACUGGCUAAUGUCCGUCUGACCUCGGCGUCAACCGCCACGACUCCUAGUAUGAGUGAUGUCAGUAAAAAGGAAGAAGUUAGUUCUUGGAUAACGCCUUCUGAUGAAGCGAUUCUCGCGACUUCUCGUUCCCCCUUGGGUCCGAUCAAUACCGAACCAACAAAAAGUAAACGUAAGUCGUGCUCCAUUUUGUCUUCCGUCGCCAAAAAGAGAAAAGAAACCACCGAGGACGACAUCGGAGAAAAUCUUCCUCGUAGGAAGCUCUUCCGGCCCAAAAAGUUGCUUCUUCCACAAGAUCCCGUGGUGGCUUUAACUCCCGACGAAAGCCCCAAAGCACGUAGAGAUCAUCCGUGUUUCUCACAAGUCGGUACUCAACAUCUUAAAAGUCAAAAUAUCCCUAAUAUUGUGAACGUUGGACUGAGCCAUCCAAAUGAAUCACCUCUACGCCGCGAUAGCUUAGCUGAUUUCAAACUUCCAUCUCCGAAAAAACAGAAUGAUAAAAAACCGACGAUCUCUACACUGGUUUGCACCAGUGUACCCUCAGAAUCAAAGAAAAUGGUGGAGGAAGCCAUCGAACAAAUGAAGAGAUUCAAGUUAGGUGGAGUAGUAGACGAUUCCACCAGCCAUGUGGUUUGCGGAGAUUCACGCAGAACCUUGAAUGUUAUGCACGGGAUUGCGCGUGGUCUAAAAAUCGUAUCACUAAAAUGGUUAACUGAUUCCAUGGCUAAGGGAAAAUUUCUGAACGAAGACGACUACCCAGUGGCCAGAUUUUCUGCCGCCGCCUCACUUCACCGUCAAAAGAAGAAUUUUCUCUUCUGGGAAUACGAGGCCAUUUUCGUCAGCUCAAAGUCUGUGGUUCCAUCCCGAGAUCUCUGCGAUAUGAUCAAAUGCGUUGGUGGAAACUUGACGACUGUUUCGAAGAAGGCCUCCAUCGUCGUCGGCCAGUUGAAGCCGGGGGCCAACGUACCCUGCGUAACUGGCACGUGGAUAUUAGACUGUAUCGAAGAAGGUGUGACCUUACCCCUGACUAAAUAUUUUAUGAGUGCAUCCAUGUAAAUUCUUGUAAUCUGUGACGAAUGAUUUUACUUGUGCUGUUUUCGAACCCUUUUCAGAAAGCUAGAUAUAUGCAAAUAUAACGAAAAUUCGAGUUGA